UUAUUUUGAAAGUGCACCCGGAAGCGUUCAGUUCACAGCCUGUCAGUGGACUUUGUCGUUUGUCAGAGGAAAUCGCUCCGCGGUGGGAUUUCACGGAAGAUGCUGAAGAAACGGGAGCUGUUGCUUUCCGAGGAGAGACAACAAUUGAGUGAAGAUGAGACCAUGGUCCCGGUACUGACCUCCAGAAAAGCCAGCGAACUCCCCGUCAACGAAGUCGUGUGUGUCCUGCAGGCGGACCUGCAGUUGGGUCUGACCCAGGGCGAGGUGAGCCGGAGGAGAGCCUACCACGGCUGGAACGAGUUCGACAUCAGUGAAGACGAGCCGCUAUGGAGGAAGUACAUCUCACAGUUCAAAGAUCCUCUCAUCCUGUUGCUGUUGGCGUCGGCCGUCAUCAGCGUUCUCAUGCACCAGUUAGAUGACGCCAUCAGCAUCACUGUGGCAAUCAUCAUAGUAGUGACGGUUGCUUUCGUCCAGGAGUACCGCUCAGAGAAGUCUCUAGAAGAGCUCGGGAAGCUCGUGCCUCCAGAAUGUCACUGUGUCAGGGAGGGAAACCUGGAGCACAUGCUGGCCAGAGAGCUGGUUCCUGGAGACACCGUCUGUCUCUCGGUCGGAGAGAGAGUCCCAGCAGACCUCCGCCUCGUCGAGGCGACAGACUUGUCCGUGGAUGAGUCCAGUCUGACGGGGGAGACCACCCCCCGCUCAAAGACCACCUACCACCAAGAAGCCUCCACCAACGGAGACAUGGCGUCCCGCAGCAACAUCGCCUUCAUGGGGACACUAGUGCGCUGCGGCAGAGCCAAGGGCAUCGUCAUCGGGACCGGAGAGAACUCCGAGUUUGGGGAGGUGUUCAAGAUGAUGCAGGCGGAAGAGGCUCCUAAAACGCCGCUACAGAAGAGCAUGGACCUGCUGGGAAAGCAGCUCUCGCUCUAUUCCUUCGGCAUCAUAGCUGUCAUCAUGCUGGUGGGCUGGCUGCAGGGGAAGAGGAUCCUGGACAUGUUCACCAUCGGUGUCAGUCUGGCGGUCGCUGCCAUCCCAGAGGGUUUACCCAUCGUGGUGACGGUGACGCUGGCGCUCGGCGUGAUGCGCAUGGUGAAGAAAAGAGCCAUCAUCAAGAAGCUUCCCAUCGUAGAAACUCUGGGCUGCUGUAACGUGAUCUGCUCCGACAAGACGGGGACUCUGACCAAGAACGAGAUGACCGCCACUCAGCUGUUCACGUCGGACGGACUCCACGCUGAGGUUUGA